UCAGUGGGAGGCCAAGCUGGGGUGGGGGUGCCGACUUCCUCUAGUUAAAGCUGAGUGUCCACACUGGCCACUUCUGAAUUGGGGGAGAGGGAGAGGACUGGAGGCAGGAGGGUCGCGGCUGGCGAGCUCACACUCUUUUCUUUGCAUCCCCUUCCCUGUGUCCCCAUGUGCCUGAACCCCGACUGCUCGGACCACUCUCUGUCCUCUCCCCUCGGCUUCUCCCUCUAUCUUACACUUUUCUUUCCCUUUCUUUGCAUCCCUGGGGGGGGCUUUCUUUUUGUGUGUCUGGAUCUCUUUUUUUCUCCCAUGGGUGUGUGAGCGUGUGUUGCUACUUCUUUCCAUCUCUGUUUUCCUUCUUUCUCUGUUUCUCUCUUGUGUCUUUUUGUCCUUAUCUCGGUCUCUAUUUCUACCUCUUUCAGUGUAUGUCUCUGUCUUUCUCUGUGUAUCUCCUCUCUCCUCUCUCUCUCCCUCCACCCCCCCCCCUCCUCUUUCUCCGUCUCUCUGUAUCUCUGCGCCUUUCUCGCCCUCACUUUCUCCCCUCCUGCCUGCCCGCUGCUCCCUGCGCCUGGCCUGCCCCCACCGCUGCCGGUUCAGGGGAACGUGUGCGGAGCGCUUGUCCUGGGGGACAUUUGAUGGAUUAGAGCGCUGAACAGUUCCAUUGCUAGGGGACCACCUGAUCUCCUCCAGCCUGCGUCCCAUAUAAAGCCGGCAGGCAGCCGGAGUGCUGAGCACAGCUCCAGCGAUCGCCUGUCUGCGCGCCGCCGCCGCCAAGCCCGAGCGGGAGCCCGAGCCAGAGCCGGGGCCGCCGCCACCGGUGCCGGCUCCGCGCUGCCGCCCGCCCGCCCGCCCGCUGGGAGCUGUCCAGUGCUGAAACCCCGCGCCGACAGCCAAUCGCGCCCGGCUGGCCGCCUCCCCCCACCGGGGCCCCACGCAAGUGCCCCCGCCGAGCCCCCCGCCAGUCGCACCAUGCCGCGCUCCUUCCUGGUAAAGAAGAUCAAAGGGGACGGCUUCCAGUGCAGCGGGGUGCCGGCCCCCACCUACCACCCCUUGGAGACCGCCUACGUGCUGCCUGGCGCCCGGGGGCCGCCUGGGGACAACGGUUACGCCCCGCACUGCCUGCCGCCCAGCAGCUACGAUGCGGACCAGAAGCCCGGCCUGGAGCUGGCGCCGGCCGAGCCCGCCUACCCGCCGGCGGCGCCGGAGGAGUACAGCGACCCCGAGAGCCCGCAGUCCAGCCUGUCGGCGCGCUACUUCCGCGGGGAGGCGGCCGUGACCGACAGCUACUCCAUGGACGCCUUCUUCAUCUCGGACGGGCGCUCGCGGCGGCGGCGCGGCGCGGGCGGCGGGGACGCGGGCGGCGCGGGGGACGCCGGGAGCGCCGGGGGGCGCGCGGGGCGCGCGGGGGCGCCGGCGGGCGGCGGGCACCGGCACGCGUGCGCCGAGUGCGGCAAGACGUACGCCACGUCGUCGAACCUGAGCCGCCACAAGCAGACGCACCGCAGCCUGGACAGCCAGCUGGCGCGCAAGUGCCCGACGUGCGGCAAGGCGUACGUGUCCAUGCCCGCCCUGGCCAUGCACGUGCUCACGCACAACCUGCGCCACAAGUGCGGCGUGUGCGGCAAGGCCUUCUCGCGGCCCUGGCUGCUGCAGGGCCACAUGCGCUCGCACACGGGCGAGAAGCCGUUCGGCUGCGCGCACUGCGGCAAGGCCUUCGCCGACCGCUCCAACCUGCGCGCGCACAUGCAGACGCACUCGGCCUUCAAGCACUACCGCUGCCGCCAGUGCGACAAGAGCUUCGCGCUCAAGUCCUACCUCCACAAGCACUGCGAGGCCGCCUGCGUCAAGGGGGCCGAGCCGCCCCCGCCGCCGCCCGCCGGCCCCGCCAGCUGA